CCAGGGCGGUGCCUGAUCCUGCAGUAGCACCCGAGAUUAGCUGCCCCCGUAAGCACGGAGAAAAGUCUAUAAGUUGCGGCAGGAGCACACUUUCUGUCUUGAUCUCCAGAUACGCUUCCUAAUUGAACAAGAUACUCCAGAAUCCACCUCAAGUCAAUCUUCUUAUCAGACAACUCAAACAAUCGCCCACAAUAGGCAGACACAGCCAAUAUGAAGCCACUCCAGCUCAUCCCAACCCUCCUCCUCUCCCUCGUCCCUACGCUCACCUACGCAUCCGAUAGCGAGGACAUCCCCUCCGGCGCCAAGCUCUGCCAACCCCAAGGUAAAGGCAGCUGCCAAUUCGGCGUAUACCAAUUAUAUCCUGGUAUCGAUUGCUACCACCAAACGAUGAACUCCGCCUACCUCUUCGAUCACGCAUGCAACAUCAUCGGCCACGUGGAGAACUUCACACAGGGCGACGCCAUGACUUCGCAGCUGCCCUAUACUCUGGACAUUGAGAACGUCUUUGGUUAUCCAUCUUGCUACCUCAAAUAUGAGAUUGCGUACAGUGAUGGCUUGUAUGGGUAUAGCAUGCCCUCGGGAGGUGUUUGGGAUGACUGCGAAAAGGGCGAUGACUAUCAGUGCACUUGGUAUAGGGUGGCGUUUGACUGUCCUGGGUUCUAGCGAAUUGCUUUUUUUCAUCAUGGACGUGAUUGGAGUACGGAAAGGGCAAUUUGCAGAUGGUAUAAAGGACAAAAUGGUAUUUCACAGAAUU